AUGGAACUGCUAAUACACAGUUUCGGACUGGAGCUCCAAUUUUUUUCCGGUGAAAUUUCUCAGAUUUAAGCGGCUUCAUGUGAUUGGCUGUGGGGCAACAGUCCUCCCACGAACUUCCCCUGUCCGCAGGUGCUAUUGUUUUUUCGUGGUGCGCUGCGUGACAGCCAGCUGUGCACCUUGCUUGAUGACAACGGGCUCUCUCUCACUGCUGCUGCUGUUGAGUGUGCGUGCGUGCGUGCGUGCGCGGGUCCGUGUCUGCGUCGCUCCCUCAACCCCAGCACACGAAAUCGCACCACACCAGUACGGCGACGGGAAGUGAUUACUGUACACUGGCCGACGACAGCCUCUGAACGAAGUGCUAUGUCGCGUUUCAAGCGUUCGGGAUCA